AUGCCUUCUAAAUGUGCUGAAGAUUGUCCCAAAAGCAAAAAACGUCGGGAAGCGUAUGAAAAAACACUAAGAGAAGAGGAAAGAAAUCCGACAUUUGAAGUAAGCGAAGAUGACGUGGUUGUAAGAAAAACAAAUAAAAAUUUACAAUCAAAUUAUGACGAAGAUGACAUCUCUGAUGGGACUGAGUAUCUUAGUUUUUCUCGACCAAAGAGCUCUGCACGACCGGAAAGUUCACGCCCUAAAAGAUCAAAAGAAAGAUCUGUAAAAUCAAAACACGAAAAAAAAUAUUCUGAGCAUCGAGAAAAAUUCGAAGAAGAUGUAUAUGCUUCUAAAACAUCAACUCGGCGUCGGCAAAAUCUAAAAAAGAAAAGAAGAUUUUCAUCUAGGCUUAACGAAAAUUGUGUAAAUGAGGAAUGUUCAGGAAUACCUAAAAGAAUAGUUGAAACAGAGAGUGAAGAGUCAUUAUCCUCAGAUAUUUCUUGUCCAUCUCGAUGUGAAUUAGAUUUGACGUUAUUACCUUCACCAAGCUCUCCUUGUGAUUCUUCGUGUCCUAAACAAGCUUUAUUAGACCAAGAAAGAGAACGACAUCAAGAAGAGGUUGAUAAGUAUUUACUUCAUGGAGGACUAAGAUACUUUGAUGAUUUAUGUCAUUGUUCAUUGAAAUGUCUCUUAACUCAAAUUUGUGGUGAUAAAUUCAUACAAAAAACUGCUUCAUCAACAGCAUUUUUUUUGCUAGGCAUUAAAUUGUGCUUUGAACUUGAGGCAUGGUAUAUUCCGUUUUAA